GUGCCGCUCUCUGUUGGCGUCUCCCCUGCCUAGCCGUCCGUCUUCUAAAAAGAGACCAACUCGCUCGCUCGCCGCUGCAAGACCCCUCUUCGCUCUCAGUUGUUCAGUUCAGUUGUUCAGUGCGCGUAGGUUCGUUGUGCUGGCACGUUAGUUGCUUAGUUAUUCGGCCGGCAGCCGGUUAGUUAGUUUUACUCGCCGGGUUCAUUUUGUGUGAUCGGUUGCGUUCUCUCUUAGUUCAGUGUCAGCAUGUCAAGUAGAAGUAUCAGCACUAAGGACUCUGACUGACGUCAAUCAGCGCUCUAGAUCAGCGGUUGGAGAGACGCUGCAGUCAUGGCCAAUCACAGGUCACCAUUACCAAAUAGCCCAUACCAUUGGAUGCUGCCAUUAGUCACAAUCGUUCUGAUUGGCUGCCUGCACCUUACUACAUCUGCUGAGGCGGAUGGUGACCUUGUAUUCGAUGACGUCACAUCGAAUCCAUCGCCUCUGUGGAGGAAAUUUCCAAUGCAAAACUACCAUUACCGAAGGGACGACACCCCAGCCAGCCAGGAGGCCACAGUCGACGACAAUUCAUUCUUCAGCCCCGUGAGAUUGAUUGAGAAGUUGCAAUAUGGCUACAAAAGGGUGAAAAGAGGCCUUUUUGAUGGGGGUUUUGGUUGGGGAUUUUUCGGCUCAGAAACAAACAAUGAGCUACCCGAUUCGAAAGAGACUGAACCCGUUACUGAUCUGACACCCGCUGACAGAUUAACAACAUUAAGUAGAGAGACACGUAGCACAGAAUCUGAUGACGAUGAAGAUCUGGAUGGCAAUUCGGGAGCUUCUUCUGGAAUGACUGGAGAAAAUGUUGAAGAUAGUGAUGAAAUCACGCGAGGAGAGCGUAUCCGAGCAACUCUACGAAUCAGAGAGCCUUAUGAGAAAGAAUUCAAGGAUGUAAAUUCAGAAAGAUUCAAGGAAAUCUCCAGUGUACUAUCACAAGCCAUUCAAGAAGUUUUCAAAGAUUUUCCUGGUCAGAAAGAUGUGAACGUUGUGAGCAUCUCGUAA